AUGGCCAAUAAACCAGAAAAAGAGUCGGAAAGGGGCUGUGUGAGUACAGGAGACCUCUUAGCACCUGCUCCAUCCCAAAGCCACAGGAGGGACUCUCCUAACACUACCUCAGGCACCCAACCUAUGACAGAGAAAGUGAGAUGGCCCCAAGCAAACAACAACGCUGCAUGGAACCAACUAGACGGGGACCUGGACCGAAUUUUAGAGGCCACAUUAGCAGGAACAGCAGAGAAGAAAAUCAACAGCAUGACAACAAUCAUCCUCACCAUAGCCAGGGAGCGCUUUGGCACAGAAGAGAGAAAAGGCAACAGCGAAGCUCAGGUAAUCCAGCCAAACAGGAGGGCAAGAGAGAUCUUGCAAUUGAGGAAGGAGAUCAAGACCCUCAACAAGCAGUUCAGAACAGCAAGUGCUGAAGAAAGGAAGGGUAUAAAAGAUCUAACCAGUGGACUUCGAGGGCAACUGUGCAGACUAAGAAGGGCAGAAAGGUCUCUGAAACUGAGAAAGGAGAAGGAGGCCAAGCGGGCUCAGUUCAUUAAGGAUCCAUACAGGUUUACUAAAACCCUGCUGGGGGAAGCCAGAUCUGGAAGAUUGACCAGCCCUAAGGAAGUUGUAGAGGAGUUCCUUAAGGAGAGCCACAAUGACGACCUCAGGAACCAAGCCUGCGGUGCACACCCCAAGAUCAGCAGAACUGCUGAAACUCCUGAGGAAGAGCUUGAUACCAGUGAACCAACAUGGAGAGAAGUCCAAGACAUUGUACAGAAAGCCCGUUCAGCAUCUGCCCCGGGACCAAGUGGUAUACCUUAUAAGGUAUACAAAAGAUGUCCGAUGCUCCUCCGCAGGUUAUGGAAACUGUUGCGAAGGAUAUGGACAAAAGGUAUCAUUCCAGCAUCCUGGAAAAGAGCAGAGGGGUGCUUUGUACCUAAGGAAAUGGACUCCUCCAACAUUUCCCAAUUCCGAACCAUCUCUCUCCUAAGUGUCGAGUACAAGGUAUUCUUUUCUGUCCUGGCAAAAAGGAUGACUACUUACAUGGUGAAGAACAAAUAUGUCGACACUUCAGUCCAGAAGGGCGGUAUUCCAGGUUUCUCCGGGUGCUUGGAACAUACAGGUAUCCUCAACCAGCUGAUUCGGGAGGCCAAGGAGAGCAAAGGAAACCUAACGGUUGUCUGGCUCGACUUGGCUAACGCAUACGGUUCAAUCCCACAUGGCCUCAUUAACGCAGCUAUGGAACAUUACCAUAUCCCCCACCACACUAGGGGUAUGAUUACCAGCUACUUCGGAGGAUUCAAACUAAGGUUCAAAACUGCCCACUUCACAACCCAGUGGCAGGACCUUGAAAAGGGAAUUGUGACAGGCUGCACCAUCUCCCCCAUCCUGUUUGUCAUGGGAAUGAACCUGCUCAUAACAGCUGCAGGAAAGGAAUCCAGAGGGCCACUAAUGGAGUCUGGCACCCGCCAACCUCCAAUAAGAGGCUUUAUGGAUGACCUUACUAUAACAACUUCAACCCAUGUACAAGCAAGAUGGAUUCUGAAGGUUCUUGACGACGUGGCAACAUGGGCCCGGAUGAAGUUCAAGCCAAGGAAAUCAAGAAGCAUGGUGAUCAGAAGUGGGAAAGUGACCAGCAAGUUCCAGUUGCGAGUACAGGGGGAGCCGAUACCAUCAAUUGAGGAAAACCCAAUUAAGUGCCUAGGGAAAUGGUAUGACGCAUCCCUGACUGACAGAUGCAACGUUUCCAGGACAGAGAUACAGGCAGAUGCGUGGCUGAGGAAGAUUGAGGGGUCAGGACUACCAGGAAAGUUCAAGGCCUGGCUUUUCCAGCAUGGUCUGGUACCACGACUCAUGUGGCUACUGACAAUUUAUGAAGUACCCAUGACAGCAGUGGAAGGAGUCGAGAGGCGAGUGAACAAACACCUUCGCAAGUGGCUCGGAGUCCCACCAAGCUUCACGUCAGUAGGACUAUACACCAGGUCUGGACAGGUACAACUACCCCUAUCAUCAGUGGUUGAAGAGUUCAAGGUGGCAAAGUGUUGGGUUGUGAUGAUGUACCAAGACUCCACUGAUGAAAAAGUCAGAAGAGCAGGCGUCACUACGAGAUCAGGACGGAAAUGGGCAGCUGACACAUCAGUGGCGCAAGCUGAGAGUGCACUGAAGCUGAAGGACAUCAUCGGGAACCCAUGCAUAGGGAGGCAAGGUCUCGGAUCCACCCACUUCCAGCAGUGGGGAAAAGCAGACCCAAGGCAGAGGAGGGACAUGAUCCAAGCCGAGGUCCGAUACCUGGAGGAAGAAAAGCGCAGGUCUAGGGCCGUCGAGCUUGGAGCGCAAGGUGCCUGGACAAAGUGGGACCUGCCAAAGCGAAAGGUCACGUGGCCUGAGAUCUGGAGACUGGAGCCCUUUCGCAUUUCUUUUCUGCUCCGUUCAGUGUACGACACUCUUCCAUCACCAACAAACCUCCACAGAUGGGGAAUGAGGGAGGACCCAUUGUGUAGGUUAUGCAGAGGGAGGGGAACAAUGGCGCACAUACUGGCAGGAUGCAAGACAGCUCUUAGCCAAGGAAGAUACAGGUGGCGCCAUGACAAGGUUCUUAGUGCACUGGCUGAGAUCUUGGAGCGGGAGAGGCAGAAAAAGCGCCAGCCCAGUACAAGGCCGGCAAGAUCUAUUCAGUUCAUCAGGGAAGGGGAGAAACCAUCAGCACCCAAGAAGACUAAAAAGAGCCUCUUGCAAGCAGCACAAUCCUGGGAGAUGAGGGUGGACCUGGGAAGGAGACUAGUCUUCCCCCAGGUUGUGCAAACACCGCUGAGGCCGGACAUGGUCUUAUGGUCUGAAGAGGCAAGGAAGUUAAUUAUGAUUGAACUGACGGUCCCAUGGGAAGACGGGUGCGACAAGGCCUAUGAGCGGAAAGCCACCAAGUAUCAGGACCUUGUUGAGCAGUGCAGGGCCAAAGGGUGGCAGACCUGGCUAUUCCCGGUUGAGGUCGGGUGUAGGGGUUUCCCGGCACAGUCUGUGUGGAAGACGCUCACAGCUCUGGGCAUAGCAGGAAGGGAGAGGAAGGCAGCUGUCCGUAGGUUGGGUGAGGCAGCAGAAAGAGCAUCGUGCUGGCUCUGGAGUAGGAGGGAGGAGCUGAGCUGGGGGCCAGGAGGAGAUGGGCAGUGA